AUGACGCCGCUUUUGCUCUGCGUUUUCGUUGUUGGCGUGCUUCUCGCGCCUGGGUGUGUGCGUGGGGCGCCCAGCUCAGGCAUCGAAUGCCCCACAAACUGCAGCUUCGCCGCGAAGUGGUGCUCAAGCGUGUUUGGGCAGGGUGGCAAUGUUUCUUUCAGCAACUGUGGGGAGGCCGGCUUUGAGUGCACUUGCAACGACGCCGCUAGCAUCUACGUGACCUCUGCCGAGGGCCUCUGCACGUGGACGGGGUCCUUUGACGCUGCUGAUCCCAACGGAAGUUACUGCUUUUCGCACACGGCACUGUGCCCGAGCAACUGCAGCAGCAUCGAGCCAUGGAAGCGGUACUGCGUGGACGACGUCGUCUGCAACGGGGAUGCGCACGGAUUCAGCUUCAGCUGCACCACCUGUGAGGGACGCACCUACUCCAUUGUGGGCGACGGCGGCGAGUGCAAGCGGGCGUACAACGCAACAAGCCUGGCAUGCGAUCCGCUAACCACGUGCAACGGUCAUGGCUGCUGUCGCAGGCCUGGCUACCCGCCGAAGGAGUCGCCGUGCCGCUGCUUCAGCGACGCUGUCAACGGGUAUUGGGCCCCGCCAUGGUGUUCCACCUGCGACGACGGGUACGGCCCGGGCAAAGGCGACUGCACCCACCAGCGCCCAGUCAUCCAGAAGAUUCUCUCCUCGAUUGGGAGCACGUGGACGAUGGUGCUCCCGAACCUGGCGGUUCUUUUCCUCUUCGUCGUGUUUGGCGUCGUUCGCGCCGAGUUCGAGUCCGACCGCAGUUUUCAGUCGGCCACGCUGCGAAAGACGGGGCUUUCUGCCGUGCAGGUGGCCCGGCGGCAGCAGCGGGGACUCUUCCGCUCAAAGUACAUCCCCAGGCGGCCAGCGCAGAGCCGCUGCUUUCUGAACGAGGGAGAAACGCAGCCACCGCGUCGUGGCCCACCUGCCUACUGA